CACGCUUAGUAUUGGGUAAAACAGUGCAAGGGAAAGGUCCCGAAGGCUCUCCCUACAUCCUCCAGCUGUAGAUAGUUCAGCAAUCGCACACUUGUGGUUUCGUUGUUAACACGUCGUCUACAAACAGAAGAAUGGAGUUUGAAUACGGACCAGUGCCACCUACGAAAUACGAGGAGGUCAUACAGCAUUUACGCCACAACUUUCCAGACGAACCCCUAAACGUGGCGGUGGGUUUAUGCAAGCAUGACGAGGAGUGCAAGGCGUUCGAACAUCACAAUCUAUUAACCCUAAAGGAUGGUUUAUCGGUUAUGGCUGUCGAUUCGAAUACAGGGGAGAUAGUCGGCGUCGCUUUAAAUGGAAUUGCCCGGCAGGGAGAUAACGAGGAGGGUCUGAAGGAGGUAGAGGAAUCCGACAGUAGAGAAUUUCGCCUUAUUUUUGGACUAUUAUUUAACGUUAACCACGAAUUGAACUUAUUUGAAAAGUACAAUGUGGAUAAGAUAUUUGAGCUGAGGAUUCUCUCGGUCGAUUCGAGAUGCCGUGGACGAGGAAUUGCCAAAGAGCUAUUUAUGCGAAGCGAAAUAAUAGCGGAAGAGUAUGGAUUUAAGAUUAUCAAGACAGACGCAACAAGUCUAUUUACACAAAGGGUUUGUGAACGCUUGGGAUUAACUGUGGCUAAAUCUGUUCGCUACAAGGAUUAUAAGGAUGAAAAAGGGAAUCUUUUGUACGACGUUGAGUCUCCGCAUGACUACUACAAAGUAAUGCUAAAAGAAUUGCCCGAUCACUCUACGAAAGGUUAAGGCCUUUUUGGAAUGAAAGCAUUCGAUUGAAAAAUGUUAUCUACUGCAACUGCCAUGCAGAAUAUAACAUUUUGAUUCAUUACGGUGUUAUCCUAUUGUUGCUAUUAUACUGAAAAUUGUUGGUAAUACUCAUUGUGAUAUGCUUUUUAAGCGCUUAAUUUUAAGUAUUUAGUCACCAAGUGGCAAUUAUUGGACCCAUUUCUUGUGUCCAUAAUCAUUUAGAUUAAGGGAAAAUACCUGCAGAUAUACACCACUUCCAAUGUGUACCGCACGCAUGUAUUGGACUUGACAAUAAAGUGUUUGCUCUCCGUUUUUAA